UAGGUACCACUACGCUUGGAACACGUAUAUAUACCGAGAUGUCUCAUCAUUAAGUUACAUUUAUAGGCACAUCUUCUUCACUCCAUCAUUCACCUUACCUCUAGCCUCCGUUUACUUAAACUCUCUUGUCUAUCCAUUUAAGAAAGAUGGCCGUCGUCUUCAACAGAGCCAUAGAGUCCAUCUCUUCAACUUCACAGCUCUUCUUAAAACCACUUAAGCCACUCAUCCAGCAUGCUCGAAGACUUCGCCAGUGUUCAAGAGAAAUACACUGCAGAAGCACAGAAGCGUCUACGCCCCGAAGGCCCCGACCAAUAUGACACGCUAUACGAAAGCGAGUCUGAUCGUUUGCGCCACUUGGUCGAUGACAUCUGGGCAGACCAUGCCGCUCUAGACGCUCGACCUCGGCCCCUGUCAUCUGGCGACUCACCUAAGUUCCUGAUUGUGGGUGCGGGGGUUGGUGGUGUACUGGCUGCCGUCCGGCUCGUCCAGCAGGGUAUCUCCGUCGAUCAGAUCCGAAUCGUUGAGACGGCUGGCGGGGUGGGGGGUAACUGGUACUGGAACCGGUAUCCAGGAAUCCACUGUGACAUCGAGUCGUACAUCUAUCUACCUCUAGUGGAGGAGAUGGGGUAUAUCCCCUCGCACAAGUAUUCCUCUGGCGUGGAGAUACGAGGCUACCUCGCCAGAAUCAUGAAGCGGUAUAAUCUAGAGGAUAAAAUCUUAUUCAGAGCCCAGGUUAAGAAGUUGGAAUGGGAUGAUAGCGCUCACACGUGGAAGGUGAAUAUUACCGAGGGAAGAGGACCGAGGGGCGCGCAGAAGUCGACUCUCUCGAUCACGGCGGAAUUCGUGUGGCUGACGGCCGGGAUACUGACUUCACCACACGUGCCCAAACUGGCAGGAGUGGGAAUCCAAGGCUUUCAGGGCGACCUCUUCCACACAUCACUAUGGAACUACGAAAUUACCGGUGGCUCGUCGCAAGAACCCUUCCCGGCCAUGUCUAAGCUGAAGGACAAGAGGGUUGGCUUCCUUGGCACUGGCGCGACAGCAAUCCAAGCGGUGCCGCUCCUCGCCGAAGCCGCCAAAGAGCUGUACGUGUUCCAGCGCACGCCAAGCGCGGUCUACACCCGCGGCCAAAAGCCCACCGAUCUCCACGAGUGGAAGACCAAGAUCGCCGCCCAUCCCGGCUGGCAAAAGGACCGCCGAAAGAACCUCGCAAUGCAUUCUUCCAACACCGUGCCGCCCGGAGUUCCAAAUCUGGUAGACGACGAGUGGUCUCGACUAAGCAACUACACGACUUUGGUCGGGGGCACAAAGCACGAGAUAGUCCCCCCGGAAAAAGUCCAGGGGUUCAUCGACCAGCUGUUGGCCGAAGACGCGGAAGGCACCGCGCGUCUGCGCGCACGCAUCGCGGCGAUCGUCAAGGAUAAAGAGACCGCUCGAAAGCUCACGCCGUGGUAUCCGUCCUGGUGCAAGCGGCCGACCUUCAGCGACACCUACCUGCAGGCGUUCAACCGGCCCAAUGUACACUUGAUCGACACCGACGGGAAGGGCAUCGAGAGCGUGACGCCGCGAGGCCUCGUGGCGAACGGCAAGGAGAUCCCGCUCGAUGUUCUUAUUCUUGGCACGGGGUACCGGACCCCAGCCGCUGAUCGCGCGGAUCCGGCGAGGAGGUCGGGUGUAGAAAUUAUAGGUCGGGAGGGAAAGACGAUAGAGGAGAGAUGGGCGGAGAAGGGCCAAGCUACGUUGCACGGCUUCGCGACGAAUGGCUUUCCGAAUCUAUUCUGGACAACCGUCCACCAAUCCGCCGUAACCUCGAACCACACGUACACGCUCAGCACACAAGCCCAACACAUCGCGUACAUAAUAUCCACAGCGCACAAACAGGCCGUGGCCAACUCCCACCACUCCCAAGCCAUCGUCGAAGUCCAAGUCCCCGCGCAAGAAGCGUGGGCGACGCGGAUCGCCGAGGGGGCCGGCCACUUCGCGGCCGGCAGCGUGUGCACGCCGAGCUACCUGAACAACGAGGGGCGCAAAGCAGAUGCUGAUGCUAGUCCGGCGGAGGUGGUUAAGGGGAUGAGGAUGGCGCCGUAUAGUGGGGGGAUAUUGAAGUAUGAGAGGUUGCUGGAGGAGUGGCGGGAGGAGGGGGGGUUGGAGGGGUUGGAGGUUACUUUUGUGUAGGGGGGUGUUUAUAUAGGGACUUACGUGUAUAUAUUCUGAAAUACCGCAUGAUCAAUGUUUAGUUUCAUAUCUCAAAUCUCAGCCUAUCUAGGCUAUCCGGUAUCUAUCUACCUAUCUACCAAAGCAACGACUGGCUGGCUGGGUUCCUCCAUGCUGGGGUCUUAAAAUCGUGACAUCGUUGCAUAAUCAUCUCUUGCUUCUGGCAAACAUGAUCAAGCAGAUACUCUCAUCCUAGUAGAGCUGAUUAGUCGUCGUAGUACGCUUCCUCAAACUCCUCCUCGUACUCCUCACGGGCUUCCUCGAGGGCUUCUUCUUCACUGCUGCUGGCGUCAGAGUCCUGUGCCGCGGCGAGUGCCUCUUCGUAAUCUUCGCGUGCAGAGCGGACUGACUCUCGAUCACUAGCAUCGACGUAGUCGCCGUCUGCAUCGUACGUCGGCUCAUAGCUCGGCUCCGCGGAGAUGGGGACCGGGGGCGGGGCUUGUUCGUAUAUGACCGUGGUAGGCGCAGGGGGAGCGUGAUGUUCAUCGUCCGAGCUGUCAUCAAGGGCAUCGGCUAUUAGUGCGCCGCCGAUAGCGCCUACAGCAAGACCACCGGCCACACCUAACAUGACAUUGCCAUGGCCUCCUUUUUUAUCUUUUUUAUCUUUCUUGUCUUUCUUGUCUUU